CUGAGAGGCGAAGCACUGAGCUGGAGGCACGGAGCACUUCCCUCUCCCCUCCUGACCCAGCCAGCUCAGCAGCCCAGCAGCCGCGCUGAACUGUAGCUGCCUGGAAGAGCCUCUCCCGCAGAGUAAAAGACUAGAAGACUACAUUUUUAAAGUCUCUGAACAAGAAACCUUAUUACCUCAAUGAAUCCAUGUUUAAACUACAAGCUAUUUUGAGUUACAAAUAUAUCUUCAAUGGGUGUAACAUCCUUCUUUAUAUAGUACUUACUGCAAAAUACGCCCUCAACUUGAUCUCCCUUGUGGUUGACAUUAUGGAGAAAACCUGUACAGAUGCGCUUCCUCUCACUAUGAAUUCUUCAGAAAAGCAAGAGACUAUAUGUAUCUUUGGAACUGGGGAUUUUGGAAGAUCAUUAGGAUUUAAAAUGAUCCAAUGUGGCUACUCUGUUGUUUUUGGAAGUCGAAACCCUCAGAUGUCCAGUCUCCUGCCCAACGGUGCUGAGGUUUUAAGCUAUUCAGAAGCAGCCCAGAACUCUGACAUCAUAAUCGUAGCAAUCCAUAGAGAGCAUUAUGAUUUUCUCACAGAAUUAGCUGAGGUUCUCAAUGGGAAAAUACUGGUCGACGUCAGCAACAACCUCAAAAUCAAUCAGUAUCCAGAAUCUAACGCAGAGUACCUUGCUCAGUUGGUGCCGGGAACCCGUGUCGUGAAAGCAUUUAACACCGUCUCAGCCUGGGCUCUGCAGUCAGGAGCACUGGAUGCUAGCCGACAGGUGUUUGCCUGCGGAAAUGACAGCAAAGCUAAGCAAAGAGUAAUGGACAUUGUUCGUACUCUUGGACUUACUCCAUUGGAUCAAGGAUCUCUCGUGGCAGCUAAGGAAAUUGAAAACUACCCCCUGCAGCUAUUUCCAAUGUGGAGGUUCCCCAUCUAUUUGUCUGCUGUGCUGUGUAUCUUCCUCUUUUUCUACUGUGUUGUAAGAGAAGUAAUCUACCCUUAUGUUUAUAAAAAGAAAGAUGAAACAUUUCGCAUGGCUAUCUCCAUUCCAAACCGUGUCUUUCCAAUAGCAGCACUUACACUGCUGGCCUUGGUUUACCUCCCCGGUGUUAUUGCUGCCAUUCUGCAGCUGUAUCGAGGUACGAAAUACCGCCGAUUCCCAGACUGGCUUGACCACUGGAUGCUUUGCAGAAAGCAGCUUGGCUUAAUAGCACUGGGCUUUGCCUUCCUUCACGUCCUCUACACACUUGUGAUUCCCAUCCGCUAUUAUGUACGAUGGAAGUUGAGAAACAUAACCGUUACUCAGAUUGCCAAUAAAGACAAUCCACUCAGUACCUCUUCAGCCUGGCAUAGUGAUUCAUAUUUGGCUUUGGGAAUCCUCGGAUUUUUUCUGUUUGUGCUCUUGGGAAUCACUUCCUUGCCAUCAGUUAGCAACACGGUCAACUGGAGAGAAUUCCGAUUUGUCCAGUCCAAACUGGGUUAUCUGACCCUGAUCUUGUGCACAGCCCACACACUGGCUUACGGGGGAAAAAGAUUCCUCAGCCCUUCAACUCUCAGAUGGUGUCUUCCUUCAGCCUACGUGUUAGCACUCAUCAUUCCUUGCACCAUGCUGGUGAUCAAGUUUAUCCUCAUCAUGCCAUGUAUAGACAAGACCCUUACGCGGAUCCGCCAGGGAUGGGAAAGAAACUCAAAAAUUUCAUCAGCAUUGAAUGGAAAAACAGAUAUUUAAAGCAAAUUUCGAUUUACUUGGAUUUCUGAACUACUGCGUUCAAUGUUCAGAGAAGAAUAAUAGGUACAGUUAAGAAAGCUUUCUUCUUGAAAUAGCCUGAAAUCUGUGAACAGAGAAAGAAACUUUGCGUUCACUUGAGAAAUCAGCAAACAGGAAGAGAACACUAGCCUUUAGUUGAGGUUAGUGAUGAAUGAAUCAGCGCAGGUCCCUGCCUGUUUUCUCAGAGGCCAUAGAGCUGACGUUGAGAUUAGCCUUGUAGUUUCACACUAAGAGGCUUCUUUGUUGUGUGUAACUUGCAUGACCUAAUGUCUUGCAAAAUCCAGGGGAAUUACACGUAACUUCCUCCUCUGGUUUGAGAACUGAGUGCCAUGAAAGACAGAACAGUAAGAUAUUGGCCACUGAUAAAGGCUUUAUUCUGUAUACCUGAAGAAAAGAGGUAAACGCAGUAAAAGGAAUGAGAUUUGUUUAUUUUUUGGAAAUAAAGAUGAUCAUAAAUAUUGCCAUAAUAAAUUCUGUAGUUAAAUGUGCUCCUUGAUUUUUCUCUUCCCAAAGUGGAUGUAUACUCUGCAGAACUAUUUUAUAACACAACAAAAAUAUCACGAUUUAGAGUAAGCAUGCCUUGCACAUUGGCAAAUCUAUACAGCUGGCAUUACUCUUCCUCUACAAGGAACAGGUAUAGGAAAGAUGAAUAAAAAUGGAAGGAUAUCACAAGGAUUCUUUUAAAUGUGCCAUAAGGAUGAAGGGUUGAUAAAAGUCCUUGCACAAAAAGUUUAAAUAACCCAGAAUUUAUUUAAAUAAUUCUACACAAAUUGUCUUGCACAAAAAAGUUUAAAUAAACUAGCUGGGAAACUAAAUAUUGUAAAGUUGUACUAAAUUAGGUUUGGUAUUAGGUUUUUGCUUCAGUAUGUUUUAUAAAGUAUAUAUUCCAAAUAUUGUUCAAUAUUAACCGUGCAUGGGAUGUAUUUCUAGUACUAAAAAAGCAGCUUCUAUAAUUUGUCAUAGUUUAUUACAAUUUUUAAGCAGUGAAAUACAAUGAAUAAUCUGAUGGUAUAAAUCUUACCAAUACACAGAGAAAACUUAUGGAAAGCCGAAGGACCAAAAAGGUGUGAGCAGCAAUUACGAGACUUGGUUCUUUCUCAAAUCCUUGCUAGAAUGCAGAACAGAAUGUUUCUGUUUUUCUGUGGUGAAAAUGCCAUUUCCAAGAUGACCUUCAGCAGGCUUAGCCUUCCCAGCUCAAGCAUGGAGCUAAAAGGAGCUUUUUACACCAUCCUCCCACAUGUCAAAAUAACCAACAGGCAUCAGGUUGGUAUUUUUCUCUCCACUUUAGAAAAGUCAUUUAUUUUUUCUCUUUUUCACUUUUAUUAACACAUAUAACACAUGGCAUUAAACAAAAUAUUUAGAAUAUAUAAAAAAUCAACAGUAAUCCAGGAUUUUUCUAGAGAACCUUUUAAAAAUAAUUUUAUCCAUACUGUAUAUUCAAUUUUAUAUGCAUUUUUCACAAUUCAUUUUUAUCACACAUUUUUCACUUAACAUAUUAGAAGUUUUGUUCUCCUACUUACACGGUAUUUAAAUUUAUUUAAUGACUGAAUAAUUUAAUCAAAUGGGCAUUUAUUUAACCACUGUCCUAAUUAAAACAUAUAGGUUGUAUCCCUUUUUACCAAAACAAAUAACAUUUUAGAGAAUUUCUUAGCACACAUUUCCUCAGAAUAAUUGGCAAGAAGUGGGGUUAAAAAAUUAAAUAACUUUUUAUAGUAUUUGAUAUAUAUUGCCGAUUUAUUUCUAAACUGACAUAUCAAUAUUAUUAGCAUUGGAUGACAGUGUUGGUUUCGUCACACAUUUAUCAAGUUUGUUUUUUAUCUUAAUUUUUGUUCAUUUAUAAACAGGUAAGAAGGUACACAUAACAUGCUCCAUUCAUUUAUCCUUGACCCAACCCAAGCCAAGAAUACAAAACAGAUUUUGAGCAAAGCCAUUAUAUGUAGUGCUGACCCAUAGAACAUCAGCGGGGAAAGACAGGGAAAAUGUCAAAAAUGUCACUACCCAUCCAGUCCACUUCAGGCAAAACAGCCAAGUGUUCUUGAGAUGGAACCUGUACUUUGACCAAAGAGUUGGUUGACUGAAACUUACCUCCUCUCCUGGAUGGUCUGGAGAUAGAUUUUGAAGCUAACCAUGCUCCUUUGUGUAAAAAAAGUAAUGUUUCCACUUGGUCAUAUUGUAUC